AGGUGGGGGCGGGAAGGAGGAGAGCUGGGGUUGGAGGGAGAGAGAAACCCUGGGAGAAGAAGAAAGUCCUCUCGUAGCGUUGUAGAAAGUGAAGCAUGGUGCCUGGAGGAAGGUUUACGGGACCGAAGUGGGGGAGAUUUUAAACCAUUGCCUUCUUGGAUUAUGUGGGGUUCUUGGUACUGAAGCAUAGUGGUUUGGUCAGAGGUAGCAGAAUGGAAAAAUCGAUUCCAGGCAAAUACGGUGUCAAAAAGGACCAGUCACUAAAUUCCAAGUAACUUCCAGAUCCAGAAACCACAAACGGCUCCCAGAACAGAUUGUCUUCUUGGUGAACAAAAUGGUGCUUACUGCCAUCUUCUAUAUGAUUCGUUUAGAACAUGCAUGAAGAUCAUUACACUGGGAACAUCUUUUGCCUUUGGAAAAGGAAAAUAUCACUUAAAAAAGAAGAGAUAAAACAAUUGCUCUUCAAGACUGCAUGAUCCAAAGCACAACUCUACCGGCCACCGUUGGACAAAAGCUUUCUCUUUUCUCCCUCACAGCUAAUGGUGCAGUAGUACAGAUGGAUCGCAACAGAGAGGCAGAAAUGGAAUUGAGAAGAGCUUCUAGUCCCAGCAAAGCCAAUAAGAGCAAUGAGGUGGAUGGAGACAGGUCUCUAUGCCACAGCUGCUGCAUCUGUGGCAAAAGCUUUCCCUUUCAGAGCUCCCUUUCCCAACACAUGAGAAAACACACUGGGGAAAAGCCAUACAAAUGUCCUUACUGUGACCACAGAGCUUCCCAAAAAGGCAACUUGAAGAUUCACAUUCGGAGCCAUCGUACGGGAACUCUGAGUCAAGGACAUGACUCGGAGAUGGGAGAGGCUCAGCUCGGAGAGAUGGGAGUGUCUGAGGGCCUCGAUGGGUGCACUAGUCCCACCAAGAGCACCUCCGCCUGCAACAAGAUACUCAACGGGGCUACCCAGAUAGAAAACAGCAAAAUCCUGCUGAGGAGCAGCAAGAAAGAGGCAGGGCCUGACGCCCCUGCUGCCGAAGAGGACAAGGUCUCCACGUUCCAGUGCACCUUCUGCAAAACCAAGUUUGAGAGGAAGAAAGAGCUUGAACAGCACAUACAUCAGGUCCACAAGCCAUACAAAUGCAGGCUGUGCAACUACAUGACCUUGAGAGAGGAGACUCUGCUGAACCACAUCGAGAAGGACCAUAUCACGGCUCAGAUUCCCAAUGGGGAAGCCUUUGUGGAGAAUGGCAAGAGUGAGCUCAGCCCUGGGGAAUUUCCUUGUGAAGUCUGUGGUCAGGCAUUCAGUCAAACUUGGUUCCUUAAAGCUCACAUGAAGAAGCACAGGGGCUCCUUUGACCACGGAUGCCACAUUUGUGGCAGGAGAUUUAAAGAGCCUUGGUUUCUCAAAAAUCACAUGAAAUCUCAUGGCCCCAAAACCGGGAACAAAAACAAACCAAAAAGUGAUCUGGAUCCCAUCGCGACUAUCAAUAACGUGAUUCAGGAGGAAACCAUUGUGACGGGCUUGUCCCUCUAUGAAGUUUGCGUCAAGUGUGGGAACUUGUUUACAAACCUGGAGAGCUUAAAGGUCCACAAUGCUGUACACCGCAAGGUGGAAGGGAGCCGGACCCUAGAGAAAACCCAAGGCUUACUGACUGGAAGCCUAGACCCAUCGGAAACCCAGCAGUUUUUCUUACAGUGCCUGAAUUUGAGACCAUCUGGAGGAGGAGGAGGAGGAGGAGAUAAAGUUACAAGUGGGCAGUCUGGAAAAAGAGUCGCAGAACUGGAUCCUGUCAACAGUUACCAGGCUUGGCAGUUGGCCACCAAAGGGAAAGUAGCAGAACCCUCAGAAUACCUGAAGUAUGGAGGGUGGGAUGAAGCCUUGGCAGAUGCAGAUGUCACCUAUGACAAGGACAAGAGGGAGUACAUCCUUGUGAGCCAGGAGAAGCGCAAGCGGGACCAAGAUUCCCAGACUUCUGGCAAUCCCAAGAGGAAGACUUUUUCAGGAGGACGCUCAGAUAAGACCGGAGGCAUACAGCCAGGAGACAACUGCUUUGUCGUUCAGGGUGACACCGAUUAUAGACCAUCUUCCCGCCAGAGCCGCAGGGCAACCCAGACUAAUAAGUCAACAGAAUGCUUUGAAUGUGGGAAGAUUUUCCGCACGUACCACCAAAUGGUGCUCCAUUCCAGGGUACAUCGGAAAGAUCGCCGGACCUGCAGCGAGAGUGGGGCCACAGCACAGAGAGAGCGAUACGGCUCCACCAGUGAAGGGGACUCGGGUUCUACUAGCCAGCCCAGCAGUCCUGGGUCUGCUUCAGCUCCUGAGGAUUCUUUGACAUCUGGGAUGGGAGAGGAGGGUGCCGAUGACAGCUUUGAGGAAGGAGCCCCAGAAUCAUUAGCAGGAGGAAAACCACACAAUUGCAACUAUUCUGAAGAGGUUCCUACGGUGCUGCCUCAUGGAGAUCACAGCCGUCAAUUUGGAAAUACUAACAUGCCAGAAAAUAAGGCCAGUGAAUCAAAAUUAGGAAUAGCCAUUUCUGUUCCAAUACUUGAAAAUAACAUCCAAGAUGCAUCUAAAAAUGCUGAACAACACAGAUGUUCCCUUGACUUAAAAAUGCCAGUGUUUCACCGUAACCAAGAGAUUCCAGGCUCUGGUAAUAAUAUUGAUUUUAUUUCAGGUAUGGAUCAGACUUAUUCAGAAAUGGCAGUAGAUCUUCAAGUCUCCUUAGAAAGUCAGGUUAGUCAUCCUAAAGAAAAGUUGUUUGAUUUGCACAACAAGGACUAUCCUGGGGGAGGAAAAAAGGUGAUGAUGACAGCACCAGACCUGAUUCCACUAGAUUUAAGCGAGAAAUCCACAAGAGACGAUUCCAGGAAUAAGGAUAUCGCUUCAUCCUUGCAGGCCGCUUUGAUUGUCCACCCGUGUCCUUAUUGUAACCACAAGACUUACUACCCAGAAGUUCUGUGGAUGCACAAAAGAAUCUGGCACAAAGUGAGCUGCAACUCUAUGGCACCUCAGUGGAUCCAGCAAAAUGGUUACAAGGGUAUCAAGAAUAGCGUGGUAUUUCUUACCAGAAGUGGACGCACCGGACCCCCACCUGUUCUUGGGGGAAAAGACUGUCAGCCCUUGCCCAUCGCCCGAUUCACUCGCACCCAGGGCCCCAGUGGCUUGUCAGCAUCCAAAAGCGGCUCCCCUCUUGGGGUCCCAGCGAAGCCAGCUAGUAUGCCUAAGAAUAAGGACAGCUAUUCGGGUGGCACCUCCGAGCCAUGGGCGUCAGGUCCUGAUGGGUAUCGACAAACCAAAAUGACCCACACCCAAGAGCAAUACGGUUCAGCCACACACUCGCCGCAGCUGAAACCCAAGUAUGAAACCAACUCCAAACUGGUGCAUGCAGGCAGCUAUAGCCGAAGUGUGACGCCCACCCAGACGGUCAUAUCGAGGGCAAACAACCAGCUCGCUAGCAGCAAGCAGGCAGAGAAAUACUUGAUUUCCCCCGUCGGGGCCAGCUUGACCACCUCGAAUAAACACUGUUCCUCUGACUCCAUGAAGGCCAAAUUCAACCUUCAGCCUCAGUAUCAGCCUCUGUGUAAAACUGAGCAUUAUUUGAAACCUGAAGGUCCCUCCCUGUCUCCCCGGGAGCCCCACAGCAAGGCUGCACAGGAGCUGAGGACACUGGCCAACUGCAGCGUGGGAUCCAGGGGAAGCCCGGUGAUGCAAGCUCAGGCCACGGGCACAGGUGCUCCCUCCGUUUUACACCCCCUCAAACAAGAGCCAGCGUCCGAGGGACACGACAAACGCCUGGACAUUCUAAACAUUUUCAAGACGUACAUUCCAAAGGACCUUGCUACGCUCUACCAGAGCUGGGGUGCUAAUGGCCCUGCCUUAGAACAUAGAGGAAUGCUGCGGACGCAAGGCCGCCCAGGAGAACUCAUCUGUAUAGAAUGUGGGAAAGGCUUUACCCAGCCUAAUCACCUAAGGACCCAUAUGCGGUCUCACACAGUGGUAUUUGAAUCUAAUGGACUCCGAGAGACUGAAGUUCACACCACCUCUGCAGAUGCCCCUAAACAAGGGAGAGACCAUUCUAAUUCGGACAUUACCCAUACAGUGCCUCUCAGAAAGGGAACCUAAACACACAUGCCCAAUGUGUGCACCAAGAACCAUUUAACCAAGAGUUAACAGUAACCUGACUGAUGGUUAACAACAGCCUCCAAAUAGUGAUCCAGACAGCCCUGCCUGGAAGACUUCCCUAUAGACCCUCAAAUCCUUAGAACCACUGUGCUCGAAUGGAAACUCAAGGGAGAUGCCUCAAUAUUCUUAACCAUUUAAAAAUAAAUGAAAUCUUACAUACCUAAUAUAUAUAUGUAUGUAUAUGUUAUACAUAUACCUUGUGUACACAUGCUAAUCAGUUCCAUGGUUCCAUAUUUCCUUUGUAAUUGACAGUGGGACUGGCAAGCACUGUGACAACACAACGCUCCUACAUCAUUCAAGAUGAGUUUGAGACACUGGAAAACCAAGCAGAACAAAACUGCGUGUUUUGGAGAACGUGACGAAGUUAAGCACUGUAACCAAGAAUCUUCCUGAUGCUCCCGAGGACUCCUCUUUAACCCAAUUUGAACAAACAAAUAGUGGUGGAUUUGAGGGCUGAUGACGUGUUAAUACUUACCACUCCUUGUCAUAGUGGAAAAGCAAACUGAAAAUAGUCCAUAAAGAUUGGAAGGAAGUGGUAUUUUGGUGCUGUGAAAAACCAUGCUUGAUUGAACAGGGAUUGCUAUCGAGAAGACCAUAUUUCUCCAAUUGGUUCUAUUUCAUUAAAAUCUGGGGGCCACUUGCAUUUCCCAUGUGAUCGUUCUAGACGGUUCACCAAGAGUUCUACAUGAAUAUGGAAAUAGAAACACUUCUAUGGAUAUGCUUAUACUCUGCUUUGGACAAGAAAGCUAGUUGAACACUAAGAAAAGCAGGCUUCUGUAUUUUAUUCUCAGGACCUUUUUGUAACAGGGCUACAUUUGGCAAACUGCUCACAAAAGAAGACUGCACGUUUUAACAGCCACUGAAUGCUCCUAAUGUGUACAUGUUUUUAAUAAUAGCAGAAGAAUCUUUGAGCAAAUGUAGGAAACCUAGAUUGCCUAGGGUACUGUAUGCUCUGUAUGCUUCUGUCUUUUUUUUCCCCCCAGCAAUUCAGUUACCCCUUUUCUUUCCUGGGCCUAGUGACAUCCCCCCUUUCAAAAAAAAAAAAAAAGAGAUGACUUACCUUUUUCAUGGUGGCAGGUUAAUAAUGUUCUUAUAAUAUGUCAUGUAUUGUACUUGGUGGUCACUGGUAGUGUUAGGGGGGAAAAUGCUUUAUAUACCUCUUCCUCAGUAACUCUUUCAAAUGCAAGUUUUUCGUGGUGGGGAUUAAGGCACAUAACAAAGGAUCUUAAACCAUGCAGUGUAAGCAAUUAAAAAUGUAUUCCACAGAUAUAAAUAUUUUCUUUCCUUAUUCCUUAUUGCUGUGACACUAUGUGUGAUGGUAAUAUUUCUGAGAGUUUCAGAUUUUUGCACAUAUGAUUUUAUGCAUUAUCAAAAAGUUACUGCUGCCUUGAAAGAAAAUGUUCUGUGAAAUUUUUUGCAAAAGCUUUACUAGGUUUUUUUUAAAUUGUGACAUUUUGUAAAGGCAGGAAAUGGAUUAAAACUAGCAUGCUAAAUAUAUUUUUCAAGAAAAGCAAUAAUUUUACAUGUACAGAAAUUAUCCUAACCUUUAAUACUGGUGAGAGCAAGUUUACUUAAUACAGUAAUGGACUAGUGCAGUUUUUUUGUAGUAAAUGGGCUUCUGAUACAAAGAUUUGUUAAAAAAAAACCCAACAAUAACAAAAAAACCCUAAAAUGUGGUUUUUUCUGUUCUAAUGAUUUAUUGAGUUUUUAUAAUUAUUAUAAUUAUAAUUAUUAUUAUUAUUAUUAGACAAGGUUUGGUUCUGGAUUCUACUUGUUAUUGGUUUUGGAUUACUUGACAGUUCAUCUUAAUUUGCAAUGCUUGCAACAAUGCAAUGUAACUUGCUAGUGUAUUUUUUUUUUACUUAUUUUCCCUCAUAUCCCUACACCAGAUGUGUACCAGAAUUCUCUGUAGUACUGGUAUAAUUAGGAAUGUCUGUGCAAAUACUUAGAAGUGACUGUAAUUGACUGUUUUGUAAAAUUAUUUUGAGUGAAGUUGCAUAGACACAUUCCACUGUUCACCUGUUCUGUUGAUUUCUGUUUGAUCAUCCUUUGGGGUUCACACUAGCGGUAAUUUUUGCCUUUCUGGGUCCUGUUUCCUUGGCUUAAAGUAAAUGGUGACAAUUCAGGAAUGCAUCAAAGCUAGCUUGUAGCCCUGUUUGCUUCUCUAUGUUUUUAGCUAUUAAAAAAAUUAUUCUGUACCCAAAGUGACAAAAAAGUGUAGUGUACAUUUGUGAUUUUUCAGAAGUGAUAUGGAAAAUCCUAAUUAAUAUUUGGAAAUGAAAGCUGCUUCUUGGAGAACCUUCCUUCCUAGAGUGUCUGACAGAGAAAGAAGAGGAAAAUGCUGUCACUUCCAUUACCAGGGUACUAAUCAAGAAAGUUUACAAUCAGAAUUUAGUUACAUAGAGAACAACAGUAGGGGGAAAUCAGUUUAAAUAAUUAUAUGCUGUGUAUGGUGCAGAAAUCAGAUUUUCACUUAAUUAAACAAAUGUGUGGGGGUUGAGGAACCCUCCAAGAAUGCCAACCUCAAAGACAAGCUGUUUUCAGGAAUGAAACUCUGGUUUGUACUUUUCCAUUUAAAAAAAAAAAAGAUUGUUGUUGUAUUGCUUCAUUAAUUCAUUUCUAUGAGUUUGACCAUAGUAUUUAAAAUGCUUUGCGUUCUAUAUUUAUUUAGCAAAUGAUCAGCAUUUUUUAAAAUUGCAAUUUUAGCAUGAUUGAUAUUCUUCUGUAAACCAUCUUCUGACUGUUACAGACUUCCUACUACCUCUACCAGAAUCUACCUUUCCUUGCUAUUUAACAGGAUUUUUUACAGUGUUGCAGCCUAAUGUAACUUAGACAAUAAAGGGUUUGAUUAUCUACA